CCAGUUCUCGCGAGACGCGGGGAGGUGGGAUCGGCAGCGCGCAGCCGCGGGCUCGACGCACAAUGCAGGACAGAUUGUGCUACGAGGGUAUUCGAGGCGUCUUCUGGACUUGCUAUUUUUAAUGUAAUUUCAGCGAUUGCUGGAUAAAUUUGCACGAUUAGAAGUUUAGGUUCAGGGUUUUACGUCAUCGUCUUGAUUUUUGUUACUAAGGUGUUUAUUGUUUUCCCGGACCCUUCAGCAAGUUUUUCCCCGUUGACGGGAAAAGAGAAGUUAGGAGCUGCUCGGUGUCGCUGUGCAGGGGCGCGGACUGUUCUGCAGGAAUGUCGCACAAAGAGAGACCCACUUUCUACCGACAGGAGGUCAACAAAACCAUAUGGGAAGUUCCGGAGCGAUACCAGAAUCUGUCGCCUGUCGGUUCCGGUGCUUACGGAUCAGUUUGCUCAUCGUAUGAUGUGAAAACAGGCCUGAAGGUUGCAGUGAAGAAGCUCUCGCGCCCGUUCCAGUCGGUCAUCCAUGCCAAGCGGACGUACCGUGAGCUUCGGCUGCUCAAGCACAUGAAGCAUGAGAAUGUAAUCGGUCUAUUGGAUGUUUUCACGCCUGCUACUUGCUUGGAGGAGUUCAAUGACGUAUACCUAGUGACACACCUGAUGGGAGCUGAUUUAAAUAACAUCGUCAAGUGUCAAAAACUCACGGAUGACCAUGUGCAGUUCCUCAUCUACCAGAUCCUGCGGGGUUUGAAGUACAUCCACUCUGCAGAUAUCAUCCACAGAGACCUGAAGCCCAGCAAUCUGGCUGUGAAUGAGGACUGUGAACUCAAGAUCCUGGAUUUUGGGCUGGCACGGCACACCGAUGAUGAGAUGACGGGCUACGUGGCCACCCGGUGGUACCGUGCCCCAGAGAUCAUGCUUAACUGGAUGCACUACAACAUGACAGUUGAUAUUUGGUCUGUGGGCUGUAUCAUGGCUGAGCUUCUAACUGGCCGGACACUAUUCCCCGGCACAGACCAUAUUGAUCAGUUGAAGCUCAUCAUGCUGCUCGUCGGAACACCGGGCCCCGAGCUCUUGAUGAAAAUAUCUUCAGAGUCUGCCAGAAACUAUAUCAACUCCCUACCACACAUGCCGAAAAGAAACUUUGCUGACGUUUUCAUUGGGGCAAAUCCACAGGCUGUGGACCUGCUAGAGAAGAUGCUGGUUCUGGACACAGACAAGCGGAUCACAGCAGCGGAGGCACUGGCACAUCCCUACUUCUCACAGUACCAUGACCCAGAUGAUGAGCCUGAAGCAGAGCCCUAUGACCAGAGCUUUGAGAGCCGUGAGCUGGAGAUCGAGGAGUGGAAAAGGCUGACCUACGAGGAGGUCCUGAGCUUCGUGCCUCCAGUGUUUGAUGAUGACGAGAUGGAAGCAUGAGGGGCAGAGAUGACACUUUCGAACUGUGGUUCAUGCUCUUCUUCAUCCUCCAACCCCACCCCCACCCUUCCCCUCUGUACAAGAUCCACUGUACAUGUGUCUCAAAACAGUAAUGGGGGGAGAACUCAUUCAAGUGCCUACCAUUGAUUGUCUGUACUCUGUGGGUUCAAAGGGCAGAGGCAGCUCUUUCUACAACUUCUCCAUUUUUAUUGUUCUCUGGGCAAACUGCUUCUGCAUCAGUGUCAUGGCUGGGAAUGGAAGGGCAGGGGCAUGCAUUCUUGAACACUUGUGAAAACUUCGGAAAAUUUUUGAAUGUCAACAAUACAUACAUUUCAGUACUCUAUUCACUGUACUUUCCAGAAUUGUAGUCACUGUUCCAAAAGAUCGACAAACCUUGGUUCUGUAUAAGGCCAUAUUGAAAACGGCCUUGAUGUGAGCUGUGCUUGAGAAUCCUGGUUUUAUUUUCUGCUGGACCUCAGUCUGCCACACCCAGUGAGGAUUGGGACCAUGCUCUGGUGUUUAAAGUAACAUCCCUUCACCUUCACUAGACAUUGGAGUCCAAUUUGUGAUAAUUUUUAACUGACUGAAAAGCCAUAUAUGACUUAAGGAAACAUGCAAAACUGAAUUUAUAGUGGCAGUAGUGAUUAGUCCUGCAUUUUGUUUUUCACGCAUUGCCUACAUUUCCAUUUCUUGCAGUGCUUAAUUUGUAGUUUUUGUUUAUCAUUCACUUAUGCAGUUCAUUAACAUUUGUAUGGCACUUCAGGUUGACCUACAACAGAAGACUGGAGAUUGGUACUUCUCCCUCCUGUUGCACCAUUUCCUGUCCUCUUGACAAUAUUCAUUCUGCAGCAUUGAUGAUGCAGCUUCCAUUUUUCUGUCCCUGUAUUGUUUUCACUAAGUACUGGAGAUGUUAUUAGCAGGUGCAUGUUAUAGUUUGUCAUUUUGCAUCUGUACUGUGCUCAAGCAGUGAGCCACUCAUCUUGCCUUAAAUCCGAAGAGCAGUCUUGGGCUUGGCCACUUCUGCAAAUUGGGUUCCUCUCCUGGAUCCUCCUUCCCUGGUGGUCAGAGUGCUACUGGUGACAAACUCUCUAUCUGAGCCACUGUCCUUCAUUCUGAAAGAGCUGCCAAGAUAUGUCUUGUUUCUGUGUCACUCAACCAAGAGCGUGUUUCAAGAGUUCAAAAAAAGGCUUCAGGAUGUAUAUAAAUGUAUUGGAUAUAGCUUUUUUAAAUCAUUUUAUCCUUCAGAUUGUGUGUUGAUGGUAUAUGAUUCCAUAAAAUUUCUGUAUUGAGCAUGUCUUUGUGUGUUGGGAAUGUGUGAAUAUGUGCUUGUGUGUUUUGAGGCGUAUCAGAGGCAAAUGUUAAAAUCACAAAAUGUAAUAUGGUAAGAAAAAUGAAGUUAAUUUACAAUAUUUAUAGCCUUAUAAAGAAAGCGGAAAUGUGUAGUGUUUUUCCGGCAACCUGCUAAACUUCCAUGAUACCAACUGUACAUUUUAUGUUCAAAACAAUUCACCAUUACACAGAAAGGGGUAACCUGUAAAUACCACUGUCAAAAAAUAAAUGAAAUAUUUGUAAAAAAUAUUCUUGUGGCUGUCUUUUUAAACCAAAUGUAUUUGAAAAAUGCAUUGAUCGUCAACCUCUCUGGGAGUGAAUAAUGAACGAGUCCAUUUAAGCACUUGUUUGCAUGUGUAUCAACUGUAAAGGCUAUCUUUCUUCCUCAUCAGAAAAAAA